AAAUACAAGCAGAGAGUUUUUUUUGGAGAGGCGUGUAAGCAUAGGCAGAAGAUACACAGUAGCCUCUUGUUGAACACGGGGAUGGCAAGGCAGAGUGCAGCCUCCAUGUUGGCUACUACGACGCCGUUGCUUCUCAGCGUCUUGGCCAACAUCGCCGUGGUGGAGUCCAUCGGGGUGUCCUACGGCAUGAGCGGCGACAACCUGCCGCCGGCGAGCACCGUCAUCGGCAUGUACAAGGACAACGGCAUCCCGCUGAUGCGGAUCUACGCGCCGGACCAGGCGGCUCUCCAGGCCGUGGGCGGCACGGGCAUCCGCGUCGUGGCCGGCGCGCCCAAUGACGUGCUGUCCAGCCUCGCCGCCAGCCCCGCCGCGGCCGCGUCGUGGGUCCGCAACAACAUCCAGGCCUACCCCAAGGUCGCCUUCCGCUGCGUCUGCGUGGGCAACGAGGUGGAAGGCGGCGCGGCGCAGAGCCUGGUCCCGGCCAUGGAGAACGUCCGCGCCGCGCUGGUCGCCGCCGGCCUGGACGGCAUCAAGGUCACCACGUCCGUGUCGCAGGCCAUCCUCGGCGGCUACAAGCCGCCGUCCGCCGCCGAGUUCACGGACGAGGCGCAGGGGUUCAUGGGCCCCGUCCUCAGGUUCCUGGCGCGCACCGGCGCGCCUCUCAUGGCCAGCGUCUACCCCUACUUCACCUACGCCACCAACCCGGCUGCCAUGGACCUCAGCUACGCGCUCUUCACCGCUCCGGGCACCGUCCUCCAGGACGGCGCCUACGAGUACCAGAACCUCUUCGACGCCACCGUCGACUCCUUCUACGUGGCGAUGGCCAACCACGGGGGCUCCGGCGUCACCCUUGUGGUGUCGGAGAGCGGGUGGCCGUCCGCUGGCGGCGUCGCGGCGUCGCCCGAGAAUGCGGCCAUCUACAACCAGAACCUGAUCAACCACGUCGGCCGGGGAACGCCGCGCCACCCGGGCGCCAUCGAGACCAUCCUCUUCUCCAUGUUCAACGAGAACCUCAAGCAGAGCGGCGUGGAGCAGAACUGGGGGCUCUUCUACCCCAACAUGCAGCGCGUCUACCCCAUCAAGUUCAACUGAAGCUAGCUCGAUCGAGGAACACGUCCACAUACCCUACAGUCUACACACAUCAAUCAAUAGGUAUAUAUGUAUCACUGCAUGCAACCUGUAUACUUAUGCAUCCCAGCUGCAGGCGAUCAUGUAUUGCUUUGCGACCACCACUGGGAGUGUCUAAGGCUACUCUCAGAUGAGUAUGCCAUGAGGAUUCUUAUACGCGUCGAGUCGUCGAGAGACCAACGCAUGGGCAACGCGUGUGAAGUGUGAUCAAUAUUUUUCUUUGAUUUUUUUGUGUUUUCACUGAAAUUGAACUUCGAAUAAAAAAGCCAGCUCUUUGGACGGCUAAGGGAUUUAUGUCAC